CAAGUUUUACAGAAAAAAAGAUCAGUUCCUUGUCCAUUGUGUAAUAAACCAAUCACAGAAAGGAGUUUAACAGAUCGUGAAGGUUUGGAUAGUAUCGUUGAUCAUGUACGAGAUCUUAUUAAUGCAUUUCAAGAAGAUUCAGGUGAUAUUUUCACUCCUCCUAAAGGCCCCGUCUUACCUCAUUUUUUACCUGGUACACCCUCACCUAUUAAACCUAGAAAUAAUAUAAGACAAGCUAAACGUAAAGAUGCCUCAAUCAGUAGAAAGACAAAAGCUGUAAAGAACCUGGUUAAUAGAACAGCACUGCUACCAGAAACUAAUGGACAUGGUGAAGCUGUAAAUGAGGAUGUUUUACAAAGAUCAGUUAAAUCUUCAUCUAAAAGAGGUGCUACCACCAGUACUAAGACUAGGAGUAAACUGGGAGCAGGAAUUCCAACAGAAAAAAACACAGUGAAUACUAAAGAUAAUGGGGAAGACAGCUCUGAUACUGAUGAUCUAAAUAUAACAGUUGAAGAGACACAAUAUGAACAACCAAACCAAGAAAUGCAGCAAAAGCAUCAAACGAAACAGUUCCAAAAAUUCAAAGCAGUACCAGGUGAGGCCCAGGAUUCAAGUAAAAAUGUUGAAAAGCAUAAUAGACUAAACAAUUCUUUUGUAACACAAGAUGAUGAUGUUAGUGAAGAUCUAGUUGGUAGCAACCAAUCAACAAUCCCAGCUUCUCUAAUUUCUCAGGAUAAUACAAAUAAUGAUGUUGUUCAAGAAAAAGCAAAUCCUGUUGAAGAUCAAUUUCAGAUUAGCCAGAGUACCACAGAAACUACAACACCACAAGAGAGCCAGUCAGUCCUUGUGAAGUCUGUAAUGAAAAGUAAACAGGAUAGCAUUAAUUCUUCAAACCUCUCCUCCCAAUCAACACCGUCAGAUUCAAUUAGUCGAAAACGCUUGUUCAUGAAAAGAUCAGCAUCAGUAAGAAACACUAAUCUCGACUCAAUCCCACAAGCAGAUGUCAAAGAAACUGCGUCACAAGAACCAGGAUCUUCUAAAAAUAAGCAGGAUUCUGACCAAGAAGUACCUAUGAAUGAAACGGCGGAAGUGUCAUCAUUAAAAAGGAAAAGAUCAUGCAAUAAAAAUAAACGACAAACAAGAGGUUAUAUAUCUUCAACGUGCAAGACAGAAUCUUUUGUUUAUGAUCUUGAUUCUCAGGAACAGGAUAAAAAUCAUUCUCUGGUAGAAAAACAGAAGCCACAUGAUAUACACCAAGAGGCACUUGAACAGGUUGGAAAGAGCACCGCUGAAAGUGCAUCCUUGAAUUUCAAUGACAGCAGUGAAGAUGAGUUAGUAAUUCGAAAACCGAAGCGCAAAUGUUUUUCAUUGAAAGGCAACAAAUUAAGUGUUCAGAAAUCUCAAACAUCACAAAACCAUUCUCAUAACUCUGAAACAUUACCAAAAACAUCAACAGACUGUGAAUCUUUUGAUUUUAAUAACUCAGAAUCUAAAAUUGAGAAAGACUUAAAUUUUAGUUCGAAUUCAGGAACAAUUGCAAAGAAAGUGACAAAGAAAUCAAUCUCUGACAGUUUUAGAAACUCUGAAACUAUAUCUCCAAACUCUUGCAAGUCACAUAACAAUAAACAAGCUCAGAGUAACUCUCAAAUUUUGUUUCACUCAGAUGGACUGCAUCAUGCUUUCACCGACCAUCAAUCUUCUAACACUGUAUCUACAAGUGCUAAGGUUACAGCAACAAAAUCAUUUUCUGCAGACAGUAAUAAGUCAGGUUCUAAUUUUGAUCGGUUAGACUUGCAAAAUAGUAGAAAUUCUCAUAGGAGUUUUCAAAACAAUGUAAUAUGUGAAAAGAUGCCUAUAACAUCGACAGACAUUGAAUCUGUUGAUUUCUGCAACACUGAAGCUGAAAUUGAGACACAAUCUGGUUCAAAAUCUUUAAGAAAAAUAAGAAAAAAGAAAGCAAAAAUUAAUGAUUGUGAUGAUACAAUGAUUACAUUAGACUCUCAAAAAUCAUGUGGAUCUGAAAAUAGUAGAACGCCACAGGUCAAACAAUCUUCCAAAACAUCUCCUAAUAAGAUUUGUGGUGAGUCUUCCCAAAGUAAUCAAGAAGACAAUAAUGGGGUAUCAAAUGUGAUAACAAUUGGAGAAACAGAAGAGGAUGAACAUAUGAUAAUGUCCUCUGUCCAACAACUGGAUUAUCAUAAUGCUGAGACCGUGCCACCAUCUGGUCUACCAGUAGAAGAGUUAAUACCUACUGAUAAUGAAUCUGAUGAGUCAGCUAUACACCUUCCUGGUAUUGAUGAUCUUUCAGAUGGUUGUGGUGAAGCUGAAGAAAUAAGUAAAGGUCUAUCUGGUAAUAAAGUUGAAAAUGGUGGUGGUGACAUUUCAGAUGAUGAAGCUGAAGAUGUUACUGAUAAAACUUGUGUUAGAGAUACUAAUGCUGAUGAUGUUGGUGACCAACAUGAUAAAGCUGAAGAUGUUACUGAUAGAACUUGUGUUAGAGAUACUAAUGCUGAUGAUGUUGGUGACCAAUAUGAUGUUGGAAAUGUUGUGAAAGGAACCUUUGGUAGUGAGGAGAAUGUUGAUAAUAUGGAUAGAGAUGCUUCUGUUGAAGAUGUCAUUCAAAGAACUUACAGCUUAGACAAGACUGCUGAAGAUGUUUUGAAAGGCAUAACGAAUGCUGUUGACAAUACUGGUACUGAUGGUACUGAACAUGAUAAAGAUGAAGAUGAUCAAGAUGUUGUUAAAGGAACCUAUGGAAGAGAUGAUAAUGUAGCUUCAGAAAAUGAUGAAGAGGAAUAUGAUGAUUGUUAUGCUGAUUUACCAUAUACAAGUUCUCCCAUCAUGUGUACAGGCAGAUCUGUCAAGAGUGUUCAAUCUGCUCUAGAGAUUGAAGAAAAUGAUGAUGAUGAUGAUGAUGAUGAUGAUGAUGAUGAUGAUGAUGAUGAUGAUGAUGAUGAUGAUGUAUUAAUUAGAAGAGGUAGGAAGAAGAUGAGUACUGUUAUUGAAUCAGAUGAAGAAGAAGAUGGAGUUAGUGGUGCAGAUGAGUCCAGUCUUCAUCUGAAUUCAUCCAGUGCCUUCUCCAGUCAAAGUGAUGUUACAACACAGCAAAGAGGAGCCAUAGUAUGUGAUAUAGAUAAAAUGAGAAAAGAGAUAGAAGAAUUAGAAGCCGAGAUAGCAUCUAAAUCAGCACAUAAAGUUAUAGACAGUGAUAAAGAUGAAGGUGAUGAUAAUGAUGAUGAUGAAGGUAAUCAAGAUAGUGAAGAUGAUGAUAAAUAUCUAACAAUGCCCUCAUUACAAAUAGAGCAAGACGCGAUACCAGCAUCUCAAGAAAUCCAGAAUCCAUCCAGUGAUGAUAGCAGUAGUGACUUAUUCCUGAGUCCACUUCAGUACUCCCCUCCACCAUCUGAUCACGAUAAAUCUCUUCAUGAUGAAGUGGCGAUGAAUGGGGUUGAGGAAGCAGAAGAAGAAUUUAAGUGUAGUGAGGAGGAACGAGAGGCAACCCCAGAACCAGAAUUGCCAGAGGAAGUGCGAAAAGCCAUGGAAAUAUUAACGAAAUAUAAAACAGAAUUACAAAAAAGUCAGAAUUCUCCGCUUUCAUCUAAGCAGCCAGAAAAAGCUACUCCUAAGACAAAGCAAACUCUCACUAGUUCCACAAAGGUUUCUCCUUUUGUGAAAAAAUCCACUCCUGCAAAAUUUGAUUGUAGUUUAGAAAAUAUUGAGAAUACUCUAAGGGAAAUAACUCCCAGUAGACAGAACAAUUUGUCGGUGGGAAAGAGGAGUCAGGUAAGCUCUUAUGAUGCCACACCUGUAAGACGUGGUCAAAAACAUUGUUCAAGAGAGACAACUCCUUUAAUUAAAGCCUCCCAUUCAUCAUCAAGAGGGGCCACCCCAAUUCACUUAUCUAUGAAAUCUAACAGCAGUCCAGUUUCUAGAAAGUCUGAUUCCAAUGGUGUGUUGAGUUCCCCAAGGAAUGUCACUCCAGUUCAAGUACCUAUGAAAUCAAACAGUCAAGUGUCUAGAAAGUCUGGAUCCAGUGGUGUCUUGAGUUCACCAAGGGAGAGCACUCUAGAUAACUUACCUAUGAAAUCUAACAGUCAAGUACAAAGAAUGUCUGGAACCAGCAGUGUGCUGACUCCUGUGAAUAGUUUAAAGAGUAAGAGAUUCUCAAAGUGUGAAAGAUGCCAUUUUGCCACAACUGGACUUAGCAGAGAUCAGGUGUUGAAUGUUAAAAAAUUAGCAGCAAUGAAUGAUGCCAAAUUUUACUCUAAAUUUAAUAAAAAUGUCACCCAUCUUAUAGUUAAAACAGAGGAAGAAAGUCGAGUGUGUGAAAGAACAUUAAAGUUUUUCCAGGGUGUUGUUAAUAAAUGUUGGAUAUUAUCAUAUAAUUGGAUUGUUGAUUCUAUAGAAGAAGGACGAAUGUUGUUAGAGGAUUCAUAUGAAAUAUUAGGUGAUACAGUUUCUGGUGAAAUGCACGAAGGGCCACGACGAUCGCGGAUAUCUACAACUGGUUUAUACAAUGAUUUAUAUGUUACAUGUGUUAGUGUUAGUGCUGAGAUGUCUAAAGGUGAUAUGAUAAAUCUAUUAGAAACUUGUGGUGCUACCUAUGUAGAGAAUGCAAACAAGUUAUCAGAGAUAGACGUAGAUAAACGUCUGAUUAUCUCAUGUUCAGAUACAGAAGGAAUAUCUCCUUCAUCAUCAGACGUCAACUUUUAUAAAAGUAAUUAUAAAUAUAAUGAUCUAGUAACAGUAUCAAGAGAAUGGGUGUUUGACUGUAUAGCAACAUAUGAACUCCGACCUCUUAAAGACUAUGUAUUAACGCCAGGUCGUGUACAUCUACCAUUUUAAUAUUGUCAUGAAUAAUACAGUAUGUGCUUCAAGGAGGUUGUUCAAAAACAUGCAUAUAAAAAAUUAGAAACCGUUGAAUUUGGUUAAAUCUGAACGUUAAAGGUGGCUUCAAUGGUGCCAUUCAAAAAUAGAAAUGUUUGAACAAUUUAAGGGUGAAUGUUAAAUACGCAGGUAGUAUUUUGGGUCUAAAAAUUCGCAAAAAACUUUGACACUAAUUCUUGUGAUGAUUCUCUAAAUAUUUUUAUCAAUGAAGAUUUGCCUAAAAUUUAUAAAAAAAAAAAAAAAAAAAAAAUUCCAGUUUCAGAGGAUUCUCAUGGCGUGGGAUCCUUGAGAAAAAUCAGUAAUUUUAGGCACAAUUAUAUCCUAAUUUGAAGAUUGAAUCUGAAACUGGAUUAGUCUAGUACUGAUUUUGUAACCCGUAAACACCAGAUGAAACUAGCUUCACAUAUUACAUGAAACCACAAUUCCCAGAUAUUGAAAUUGAUUUUAUUGAUUAUUGUAUAUGAACAAGAUGUAAAUAUUGUGUGAUAUGUAGAUACAUAUAUAGAUGUAAUAUAUACUAUACAUAUACACGUAAUUGUUUAUCUUUUAAUACAGUGCCAUGUACCAUAUAAUCUUGUUAAAAAUUAUUGUUAAUGAUUUUUUUUAUUAGUAAAUAAUAUGUACUCUGUGUAAUUCAAUGUAA